CUGGUCUUCACACAAACAAAAAUCAGCUGCUGCAUUUGCUUGUUUUAAACAAAUUAAACAAAAAAGCAGGAAAAACUAAGAAAUACAAGUGUUGGGAGAACCAAUGUUGUUGUACUGAUAGCUUACACACAAGCACACACAAAGGUAAAGAUAAAACGAGGCGAGAUAACAGCAAACCAAGGGGUGCCAAACACCAACCAUGCUGUCCUACAUAAAGCGCAAGCUCUCCGAAUCCGACAGCGGCGUCAAUUCUGUCGCAACCGUGACGUCGUCGUGCGGCGGGAAUAGUGGGAGUGGGAGCGGUACGGGUGGCAGUGGAAGCGGUACGGCUGGGAGCAGCAGCAGCAGCGGCGGCGGUAGUAUCAGCGGACGCAGCCACAACGCCGACGAGUUAGUGCGCAAAACGAGCCAGAUGUCGAUGGAUGAUGAGGCCAUUGCCUUCGGGGAGGACGCACUGCUCCAGGAGCUGGGCUACAGGAAUGCCACGGAUCUGCAGGAGACCAUUUACGAUCUAUUGCGCGGCAUUCGGGAUCCCGAGAAACCGUGCACUUUGGAGGACCUGAAUGUGAUCUACGAGGAUGGAAUCUUUGUGUUGCCACCCACACGCUCAAAUGUCUCAGUCGUUCGUAUCGAGUUCAAUCCCACAGUGCCACAUUGCUCGCUGGCCACGCUUAUCGGACUCUGUAUACGCGUGAAAGUGGAACGUGGACUGCCGCACAACAUAAAACUAGACAUAUUCAUCAAAAAGGGAGCCCAUCAAACGGAGGAAGAAAUCAACAAGCAAAUCAAUGACAAGGAGCGCAUCGCAGCGGCCAUGGAAAAUCCCAAUCUGCGGAACCUGGUCGAGAACUGCAUCAAGGAUGAGGAGUAGCUCUCUUUGCUCUGGCUUUGUGUAUAUAGGGGAACUUGUGAAGAAUGUCUAGGGUUAAGUAUACCAUUAAGUUGCGUCAUGGACUGUGUGCUUAGCAUUAAAGCCCUUUAAAUCUGUUAAUCGUUGGGUUUUGAGCGGCGUGAUUCCACCUGAAUAUCGAUUGCUUACCGUGCUAUCUA